AUGAGUUCCUCAAAUGAGAGGAGCAACAUAUCCAGGCUGGUCAUUAUCAUGUCAGCGUGCAGCUCCAGUCUCUCAUGGAUGGUUUUCCACCUUGCUCUACUGGUAACACUGGUGUCCCAGUGCGAGGGAGGUUGUCUGGAUGCAGGACUGUGUUGCUUUGGACAAAACAGGUCAUGUAUUACUGAGGGCUGGAGGCAAGAUCACUCAUAUGGGGAAUGUUACUGCGAUCAGGCAUGCAAGACAACAUUGGACUGUUGCCACGACUAUGACCUUGCCUGUCCAGCUGUUUCCUGUGUGGUGAGUGAAUGGAAUGUUUGGUCUGGCUGUCUGGAGUCAUGUAAGCCCACACUGCGCACCAGACAGAGGCAGGUGAUUCAAAAGGCACGUAAUGGUGGUAAAUCCUGUCCAUCUCUACAGCAGACUGCAGGCUGUGUUGAGUACCAUGAUGAGCAGGGACCCUGCCUGCAGUCACUUGUCCCAGCCCUCAUCACCACUGGUGGCUAUGGAAAUGCCUGGAAAAAGAGAGAGAUUUCAGACACAAACAAUAUCACAGGUUACUGUGUGGAGUUUGAACUCACCUCUCUGACGGUGGGCUGUCAGCGCAGUAUCACUCCUCAUACUCACUGGAUGCGGUACCUGAAGGAAGGGCAUGAGGUGUGUGUGGAGUGUCAGCCACCAGCUCUUGCCCAGGGCCAACGCUACUGUUCAGGGGAUGGGGGAAGCACAACGCAGGAAAGGAGCUUAUCUCUGCAGUGGCAGGCCGUGGGGAAUUCUCAGUGCAGAGGGGUGUGGAGACGGGUCCGUCGCCGAGAUUCCUGUUCCUGUCCUACUGUACACAGUUUUAUCUUCAUUUAACUCACACAUUUGAUAGAACAAUAUGUGGCAAGUGUGUAGAUUUUGUUUGAAAGUUGGUAGUGACAUAUUGCAAGGAUCAUAUUCAAAAUGUUGGUAUUAAG